AUGGCUACUGAGGAUCCAUCAUGGACAGUCAAACAAUGCAUAGACGUCUUCCGUGAGUUUUUGAUUGUCUGUAUUCAUAGUAUUCUAUGCAAUCGUCAGCUAUAUCCAGAAAGUCUUUUUAUCAAAUCUAGGAAGUAUAAUACUGUUGUUUGGCAAUCGCGCCAUCCUAUAUUAUGCAAUUACAUUCAAGACGCUGUUGAGGCAUGCACUCAAGAACUGCAAGAGGGAAUAGUUGAAUGUAUUUAUCUCUCAAUUACGUCGACAGACCAAGUGGAACUGGAACGGUAUAUAUUUUCAGCUUACUCAAUUCCGAGAAUCCCAGACUUUUUACUUGAAAAACCUGUAUCUCCAAGGGUGCCGUAUUCCGAUUCUUUUGUAGAAUCUCUAAGAGCAGCAAUGAUCCGAAUUCAAAAUGCUACGCAUUCAUUACAACAAUUACCAGAAAAUUGUUCAUGGUCAAUUCGACUUACUUUGAAAGAAAACAACACUAGACCCAAGGCUUGGGAAACCUGGUACCUAUCAGAACAUACUCCGGAAUCCAACUUGGAGAGAAGAUACCAAAAUCUUACUAUACCGCUGAGAAAUAUUUCUAUUGGACCAAUGGAUUCUGAAAUAUGGCUUGAAUCGCGCCCAGACGUGUACGACAAUGAAAAGUAA